AACUCUUUAACACAACUAAAUACAUUAGACUCUUCUCUAGAUUUUUUUUUUUUGCAUUUUACACUGCACAUUUCUUCUUUCAAAAAAUCAUAAUGAAAUUAUUUUCUUUAGUCUUUUUUUCAACUGUUGUAUUUAUGGUUAUCCAUAAUGAUCAUUACAUGUCGAUGAGUAAAGCCACGUCAAUUAAGAACAAAUCGAAGGAGAAGGUCAUAUUAGAGGAAACAUCGAUGGAGAAUGUCACGUUAGAAGAUUUUUUGAAGGAGGAAACAUCGAUGGAGAAUGUCACGUUAGAAGAUUUUUUGAAGGAGGAAACAUCGAUGGAGAAUGUCACGUUAGAAGAUUUUUUGAAGGAUAAAGACACAUCGAUGGAGAAUGUCACGUUACAAGAUUUAUUAAAGGAAGAGAACACAUCAAUGGACAGAGCUCAGAUAAUAUGUGAACAUCAGGGCUCAAAAUUCAAUAAUGUCAAAGUGGCGAUAAAAAAAGUUAAAAAGAGAAUUUCAUAACUUAUUGAGUUUAUAAUAUAUAAACUUUAAAGGAAAUUUAUGGUGGAUUCAAUAAUUAUCAAUUUUUUAAUAAAUAACAUGUUAUAUAUUUCAGUAAAUUUUAAUAUUUCAAUUAAUGAAAAAUAAAUAUUAUAUUUAUUUCAUUAAGUAAAUAUGAAAGAAAAACAACGUAUUAUCAAUACUACUAUAUAUAAUAAUAGUUUAUACAACUAUAUUAAUUUUUUUUAUAUUUUUUUUAACUAUAAAAUAAUAUGUUUAUAAUAUAAAAUUAAUAUCCUAAAGUGUACAAGUAAAAAAACAUUAAAACAAUUAGAAUUAAAUACACAAAAACAAUAAAUAUAUAAUAUUAACGUCCA